GAGAAAUCAGUGACUUAUCGGUCUUGUGUGGGGUUCUAGAGAUUAUUUGGUAGAAGUUUGUUUGUCUUGUUUUGCCAAGAGAAAGUUUUCUUAAUUUGAAUGAAAAUCUCUUUAUAGUGACUAGGAUAUGACCAUAAACAAACAUACUUAUUAUUAGCAGUGUAUGAAGUUAGUGAUAUUUUUCUUCCUUUGUGGCAAGUGUAAUUAUUCAGAGCAAAUUUGUCAUUUGAAAAUCAACAGAUGUCACUGAGUAGGAAAAAAUGCAGAAAACGAAAUGGGAAGAGCAAAGUAGAUGGAGAAUAAACCGAUAAUUGCUAGAGAUUAUUGACAGCACAGCUGAUGAAAUUAGAUAUUUCUAAGACUGCUUUCAGUAGAAAGAGGAUUCCAGAGUCCAGUCAGCCGACACAGCAUUUACUAGAAACGGGAGGGAGUCCAGUCGUUUAAUGGCUUCAUUCGCUGGAAGAGAACAAACUUAACCAACAAGUAACUAUAUUCGCUGUGAAGGAGAAUCCAGCGAGCUAAGCAAGAGCAUUCGCUGGAAGAAUUAAAAGAAGCCACUCAACCAAAUGUAGCGUUGGCUGGAAAGGACAGAACAGUCGUCCAGGAAAAGCAUUCCAUGGAGAGGAAAGCGUCGUGCUGCAGGAGGGAGGUGGACGUAGUAGGAGAGUGAAGAAGAAUAAGAGGAACACAAUCAGAGAAUAAGGGAGAAGGAGGGACCCAGCAACCAUGAAGAGGAAGUCCAUCGAGGAUGUGUGGGAGAGGGAGGAACUGGCUGUUCCUCUGCCUAUCCAGACCUUCCUCUGGCGCCAGAGCAGCCCUUUCAUUAGACCGAAGCUCGGCAAACUCCACGAGGCGACCUGUAUGUUCUGCCAGACGGCUCCGAGUCACCACGAGAUAAAGGAAGCUUCGAAGUCCCUGGAGAAAGUCCUGGUGCAGAACAUCCUCUUCGGCUUGUCUCCUUCGCUCACCGACGCCAUCAAGAGCAUUCCAAGAUGGCGUCUCAUCCAGGCGGCCAUGCCUCACGUCAUGCACUGUGCUGCUUCUCUUCUGUACCACAGACGCGACGCAGUUAACCUGGGGGCAGCCGAGACGAAGCUCCUCUAUACCUUGCACUGGAUAGUCCUCGACGCUGCCGAGGAAUGCGCUGACGCAGAUCACGAGAAGGGCAUCAACAAGGGCACGAACAUGCCCUACCAUUUCUCUGUGAUGACCAUUCAGGUAUUUGUAUAUUUGUUCGCGCCAUUGCUACACACACUCAAGGAAUCGGACUUCCAGAAUUUCCGCCUGGAAAACGGCCUGAAGAUUUGGGCAGCGCUCUGGGAGUACCGACACCCAGAUGUUCCAGCGUUCACGACCGCCGUGCGUCCAAGGAGGGUACCUGAUUUUGGGAAACGAGGAAGACGAUUCCAUCCACAACUCCACAGGCAAGUUCUCCGGGCCAAGAAGGUGCGACGCUCCAACACCCAAUUUGGGGAUGUCUUCUUAGGUGGAGGAGCCGCCCGACUAGGAAUAACUCCCGAUGAUGAUAAUCUUUUAUUCCUUCUGAAUGGCGGUAAGAGCAGGUCAGUGACCCCUCCUCCCAGCGACCUUUCUUCAUCCUCCACUCAAGACUCAAGGGUACCAGACGCUGCGAAACUCGAGGAGGAGCUGCGCCUCCUGAGUGGUAACCGCGAGGCCACGUUCCCAGAAACCAUUCCCGAAGAGACUUCCAGCACGGAAGAGGAGCAUGUGGUUAUAUUCAGACUUGGAUCCUAUCCUGACAACGACGGGCGAGAGUCUAGUGUAUACAAGGCCGAACAUCCUUCGUCGCUCCUCGGGCCGCCCACCGUCGAAGUGAGCGACACCUCGAUCCCCACCCAGCCUCCCUCGGUGGCAGCUUCGACUCCCACGGACUCCCACACGCCCAGGCUCAACGACGUCAACGCAUCCAACAAGACCAGCGUAUCGAACGCAGGCGCGAAGCCGAGUUCACUAACUGACCCAACUCUGGCGACGUUUUUGGACGUGGCCGUUUUGCGCUGCCUUUUCGUCCCUCAGUGGAUGGAAGAAGGAGUCUACUGGGCUCUGAAUUUUAUAUACAGGAGGCUACAGGACAUUGGAGAGGAGACGGGGCAUACCAUACCCCCUCGAAGACGAAGCAAUUCUCUCCCAAUACCCAAGAUUCACGUUUCCCUCCACUGUGACCCUGCAGAGGAGAGGAAGGCAAAGGAGGUCACUGAACAGAGCGACCAGUCUUCCUCGGACAAUUAUAUCAGCGACCACUUCUGCCCGAGGAGGGAAGGCCUCAGCACCCAGGGUGGCAGCACCAGGAAGAAGCUUAAACUCAAUGAGCUGAGGGCGUUCGUGGAGACGAAGCUGCGGUCCUGCUCGGAGAAGGCGCUCGAGAAGAUAGGUCACGAAGACUCGAGGAGGUCGUCAGUCUCGGAUGAUCAAGACGGGGACAGGGGUGAUUUCGGCGGCAGUUCCUGGGGUGUCGAGGGUGAGCAGAGGUCACGCCCGCACUCCGCCCUCGACCACUUCGCGGAGGAUCGCCCACCGCCUUGCAUUCCAUCUCCCAGGCUUCCUUCCUCAGGACUGGUGAAAGGCAAGAGUAUGCCUUCUUUAAGCAGCCUAACUGACGAGCUGCCUAGCUUAGGGUACGUGGGCGAGGGACGCCCUGACCGCCACUACCCACAGAUACCCGGGACGACUCACCCGAUCAUUACCGUCACCCAGCAUACCCCCUCGCCCAGUGAGCAAGGAUGGCGGGACCAGGGUUCGCAAAAUGGAAGCACGGACGCCGAGAUCAUUUACCAGCGGCCUCCACUCUCCCGAUCCCAGACCGACUCCAACAUUCAGUAUUCACACGAAGAGGAAGCUGAGGCUCCCGGGUCGACUCACUACAUAACGAGAGAUGGUCAUAUCAAUCUACAUGUUCUGCUGAGAGCAGCACAAUCCGUGAGUCAACGCGACAGCCACAUAUGUUCUCUUCGCGUGUGCGAGAUUCUCUUGCAUCUGCUCGAUUUCCUGCUCGACCUGGGUCUCCUGAAACCAACCAAGAAGUGGGAGAAAUUAGAUAAAGACAAGGGAAAUGACCACGCGGACGACGAUGGAAAGCCUUCUGAGAAACACAAGGACUUUGGUCCACAUGCCAUCUUCAUGGAUACUGUCUUCAGGAUCUUCCGUCAUCUUGGAUGCCCUCAUGGAUGUAACGAAGGCGCCCGAGGUCCUCCGGCGGACUUCCUGAGGUACACAGCCCAGGCUCUCCUGGGCAGGCUGUUUCGCUUCGACCAGAGCGAGUUCAGGAGGUUUUUGAGGACGUUUGUCAAAACCAAAUCCUUGCAUGAUGUCCUGGAGUUCUUUCACGCUUUCCUAGGAUUCUGUGUUGAUCCUGCGUCCCUUCUAUCACCCAUGACGUUGCCUGCAGGUAACAAGAGGCCGGGGACGGGCAAGGCCGUCGACAAUCAGCAAGGAGGUUAUGCCACGAACUUCGGGGCCUCCCUCGGGGGCGCCGGCUCCAGGGGCAUCGAGGGCCAACUCGUGGCGUCAGUUUUCAAGGCGCUCGUGUCGCGUUUCGUGGCUUCGAGCAAGGAGUUGAAGAACCCAGAGAAUAUGGCACUGUAUUGUGACAUCAGGCAGCUGUUAGGGUACAUUAGGGAGGGCCAUGGUGGAGUGUUCCGCAGGGUAGCUCUCUCGGGACUGAUCGACUCAGCUGAUAGACCUCACAAACAGCCCCAGAAGAUUCAGACGACUCGCGUUGUGAGGAGGGUAACAGUGGAAGAAGAACCUUACCGUGACUCUCCGAUGACCUUAGUCGACGAGGUCAGCGAUGGGGGCCGAGGGAGGAAGGGCCGUUUCAAGAAGAAGGGCACAUCAACAUCUAUCACUUCAGUAAUGAGGAAAGCCCCUUCUGUCAGCAGUGUUUAUGACGAUCAACAAGAGGAAUCUCCCGGAGGUCAGAGUCCAGCAUCGACACUUCGUCGGCGCCACCAUCAGAUUUUGGGACCCCGUCAGGAGCAGGACCACCUAGCCCCCAAUGCCCACCCCAAAUCAAGGAAGGUUUCAAAGUUAGUGAGCUGGCUUCGGGGUCGUAGCAGCGACGGCGACAGUUAUAUGGGCCCUGGGGACCCCAUUGAGCUGCCCCCCGCCGUAGCCCGUCGCCUGUCUCAUACUGCAACCCACAGUAUCUCCCACGGGUUAGUUCACGGCUUCGCUCGUCCGAGGCUCGUCACCAAACCGGGAGCUGGUCCCAUGAGCCAGAAGUUUAUUCAAGCCAGGAGGGUGGUGGAAGACCACAUUGGAAGGAUUAGCUUUGGUAAACCCAGAAAAAAAGACUGGAGCUGUGACGAAACUCCUGAAUUUUCUGUAUCUUUUCAAGAUCCAAGCCGACGUAACAGUUUAGACCAGGACGGGGGCGUUCACGAGGCAAGUGUCGUCCUAGUGAGAGAAAGGAAGCUGGUUCCUAUCGAACUUGUGAGAAAAGGGAUGCUUAGGUUCAACUUCCUGCUGGAGACUUGCCAACCGGGCGCCGUGCCCGAUUCCCAGCUCAUUGCUGCUGUUCUUGACCUGCCUGGAGCGCCAGUCGUCUCCAGAGCUGCCUUCCUGAUGGAGGUGGCGUACUUCGUGCACCGCUGCAACAGAGGGGCGUGGCCAGCCUGGCUCAAGAUGUCACUACCCAUGUACAGACCUUCCGGGCCUCUGUCAAGGGCGCCACCAUCCGGAGCUAGGAAAAUUCACAUCAUGCAAAAAGCUGCUGGACGAAUGUUUUAUCAGUGGGCUGAGGCACUGGGGAGUCGCCUGGAAGAGCUUCUGGAGGAGUCAGGACCCACCCUUGAGGAAGUCAUGGCACCAGUGAGCGAUCCUGACCACAGACAAGGUCUCAGGGCAAAUGACGAAGAGGAAGACUUUCUUGACGAAGUUAGCGUUAAUUCGGGAGGAGCCGAUUGCCCUCUUGCGCUGAAGUUAGUUGCUGUGCAACUUCUGCUUGAGAUCACCGCAUUUUUGAGAGAGACGUACACGCUGUUGCCCAAAUCGACGAGACUGUCCGUUCGAGGGGAAAGACCCUCUGGCUGGGGACCGCCCUGUGGAGGCCUAGGUCCUGGGCGGGAUCACUCGAGGCGUUGGUCUAUGGGACUUUCUUCCAUGGGAUAUUCGCACCCGUCAGCUCAAAGUCUUCAAAGUAUUGGAGAAGGCCAUCCACCUGGAUUCACAGGCGAAAGGAAAAUAAGCUUCGCUUUGCACGAUCCUGACAACAUCAGCCUUGGGAGUUCCAACACCACUGUAACGGUACAGAGUGGACAAUACUGCGACGAGGAGCGCCGGAGGAACCUGCAGGCGUCUCGGAGCCACUUCCUGAAGAAGGGGAGCGGACAGAAUUCCUUCAAGAGGCGCUCGUAUAAACUUCGGAGGAGCACAAAGGACCCUGAUUCCGACUCCAUCAAGAGAUCUGACAGCGUCCGUUCCAGGAGGAAGGUGUCCUCUGUCAGUGAGAGGUCUGACACUUCAGAGCAUCUGGAACCUGAGGUAUCCGGCGAGGAAUCGCCUGGAGUUUUGAGCAACGAGGAUCUCCCAGACAGUCCUAAUGACGCUGACCUCGAUGAAGAAAGCCUUACAUCGAAUAUGCCGUGGAUCAAGGUUGUAGUGCGGAUGUUUUCACUGUACAACAUGACUUGUACCCACCAGAACUACUGCCACCCUCAUUGCUACAAGAGAAACAUGCGCGCUUGCAAGAGGCUAAUGCACGCUGUUAGAAAAAUGUACGGCGAGGAAUUCGAGGAGCAGGAGGAGGAAGUUGUCAACCCGGUGACCCGAAGGCGCGACAAGAAGGACAAGAAGCCCACGAGGAAGGCGUCCGAGCAAGGCGCAGGAGGGCAUGGAUCUCCCCUCAGGAGGAAGGAGAGUUUUGCGAGAAGGGACAAAAUUGAUCGUAAUGUGGACAUAUCGGCUGUGUUAUCACGACUUGGCCAUCACCAAGGGUCGGCUGUACAUCUGUCAAAAGAUACUAUUGAUACAGAUGGUGACGGCAAGGAAGUGUCUAAAGACGACGCUACAGAGGAAGAGAAGAAAAAACCCAAGAAAUACGACACACCAAUCGUCAGAUUUAUGAAGACUCAGGUGAUGGGAUUGUUUCAUGCUCCCCUUUCGCUUGUCUGCAAAUCAGUAGCUGUCAUGACAGAGGACCUGCUGCUUGACGUCGUCCCACAAGCUUGGGAACUCCUAUUGGAGCAUGACAACGAGGUGACUGCCACUGCAGCCGUCGUCUUUAUUCUCGCCGGAGUAAGAAUCCCGUCGCAGGCAUCAGAGAUUAUGACGACAGAGCUCACACAUCCAGAUCCGAGCACUCGACUCAACGCCAUACUGAGGUUCCAAGUCUUAUGGCGAUCCCGGUAUCAAGCGUGGACACGCAUGGAGGAAGGUGGACAGUUGACUUUCAAAGUUCCACCCCACGGGAUUGAAUUCACUCUGCCAUCUCCCAAGAUAGGAGUGGAGUCACUCCCUGUGGUAGAUCCUCCGUGGAUGCCUCAUUUCAAGACGAAUGUGGAGGAAGUCACCGUUAACCAGAUUCAGCAUAGAUCGUAUGUCACUGCUACCAGGACGAGACGCAAGUUACAGGCUGAAAUGGUGCGAUCUGCCCUGGAAGCGGAGGAGAAGAAGAGGAGACUCGAGAGGGAGAAUUUCCUACUGACAACAGUUCCAGUGACCAUUCAAGCGGCUUAUGAACCUGCCCUGCAUCAUGUGUCUCCAGAUGAUCAUGAAGAAGGGGAAGAAGAAGCAGACGCUGUUAGGAGCACUGGCCACCACAUGUCCGUGGCCCAACAGCUCUUCCCAUCCUGCCUCUGUUCAGCUGUUCUGACUAUCAUUCACUUGUUGGACGAUCCAGCUGUGACCCCUGACGGCAUUGCGGUCUAUGAAGCUGCUCAACAGGUUAUCUGGUCCUGCCUGGUGGAGGACUCAGCCUUGUUCCUUCGAUUUUUCUUGGAGAAGCUGACACGCGAAAGGCAAGACGUGAUGGUGAGGCUACUGAGACGCCUAGUAAGGUUCAUCCCAAGACUUCCUUCUCAGGCUGCGUUUGCUCUUUACAACUAUAUGGUGGGCUACGUUAUGUUUUAUGUCAGGAGUCCACAAGAGGCAUCUCAAGAGCACAUUGCUUCUGCUCUGUCUAUCCUUUGGACGGUGGUUCCUAGUAUCCAAGGAAUCUUGUUCAAGGACUUGAAGCAAAUCUUCCGCAAGGAGCAGUGUGACUCAUCCUUGUUAGUCACUGCUAAUGUUCCCUCAGCCAAGAAAAUCAUUGUCCAUGGGCCAGGAGGUGCUGAUGCAGGAGGUAUCCCAUCUCAGUUUCCCAUUCAGGAAGACACCCAAUUCUGCCAGAUUCUUCAAGAGAGCUUGGACUUCUUUGGCAUCCCAGAAAACGACCAUAAAUAUUACUUUCUGGUGGACCAUAAAACCAAUCAGAUUCACAACCCACAGUCUUAUGUCAGAGACUUCUAUUUCUUCAAGAGAGCUCAGUACCCGCAAUUGCUAAUGGUCCACAUGGAACCUGACGCAGCAUAUAACGCUCUUCAGAGACAAGCCUUCACGCAGAAAUUCCUCGAAAUUGGGAAAGUACUCAUGGCGUGGUCAAUUUUGCAACGCCCCGAUCAGGUUGCACAGCGCGUAUUUUUCCUCCAUGAAGAGCUGACGAAGCUACCGUCCUUCCCUCGGAAGGCCCUUGAAGCUGAUUUCCAUUUGUACAAAGGAGGUGCUAUGGGCAAGGAAGUACGUGGGUUAGACCAGCUGCACAAAUACAUGUGGGUGCAGCUGGUGACACGGAUGUUUGAAGGGAUGGCAGGCAACCUGACCUACACCACGGACAUGCAUCUGUUUCUCAAUGUCAUCAACGGUGCCCUCCUCUUGCACUGCGAAGAUUCUUCGAUGCUGAGACUCUGCAUGGCCUCCUAUAUCAACGCAGCUCAUUAUUUCAAGAACCUCUUUUCCACGAAUGGGUACUUAAUGAUCAUGCCAACGAUCAUGAGAGUAUACAGUAACUACCAGAGCAACAAGAUGGUUGUUAAUGUUAUUGAAUUCGUAGUUAAACAACUGUACAUCCUUCACCGGAAGCCUUUCAUCCUGCAAAUGCUGGGAUCCGUUGCACCUAUCUUGGACAUGGAUGAUGCAACUGUUUAUGGAGACGCUAACAAGAUCCAGCCCAGGCGCCUCUUUGAUCUUCUCUUGUCUCUGGAACGUAACCACGAGGACCCUGUUCACAUUCUCGACCUGCUUACGAUUGACAAACCACUGAAGGCUCUGGACUUCUGCUAUCAUGAAGAAUCCGAUACCGUCACGCUUCUGGAAGCCGUUGAUAUGUGCGUUACAGUCGUUGCGUACUCUGCAGAUUCCAAGAGAGGACACCAGAUGCUGAUUAUUCUAGAGGCCAUUUUGGGUCUGGUCCUGCGACACCUUCAGUCUACAGCAGGGCGUGACCUCCGUCAGGAGAAGGAAACGAUACACCACGUUGCUGUUGCCAUGAAAACCCUAGUUAGCAAUAGUGAGCCGUUAGCCAAGAACUACACAGGACCCCAGAAGUCAUCAGGCGAGGGUAAGGGGUCAAGCCGGGUCACUUAUUCAAAAGCCUCAAAGGCCUACAAUCCUGCCAUUGAAAUCGAUGACGAUUCCCAUUCCAAGUACAUGAGCGACUCUAAGAGAUAUCAGACUUAUGAAAGGGACAUUGAAGACUCUGAGGCGCUUCGCUAUGAUUUUCGACAACCCCGAGAUACACUGCUUCACGUCGUGGCCGAGUUUCUAACUACUUGUUCAACCAGACUCAAUGAGAUAAACAAGAAAUCUGGACAGGAGAGCAAACAUUCGGAUUUACUCGACACAAAAAGUCAUCUGCGUUUGGCCGAAGUAGCUCACAGCCUCCUGAAGGUGGCACCCUAUGACCCUGCAACUAUGGGAUGCCGUGGGUUACAGAGGUACAUGAAUGAGAUCCUUCCUCAUCCUGACUGGUCCCAUGAGGACUUGAGACCAGCCCUAGUCAAUAUCCUGAGAAGACUUGAUAAGAUGUUUAAUAAGAUUGCCAAGAAAAAUUCUAUUCGGCGAUUGAUCGACUGGGCAGCAGCAGCUAAUCUUUUGAAGGGCGUCUACACGACUCUUUCAAGAUACCCAUAUAUUGCACAUCUUCCUCACCUCAAAAUGGUCGUUCAAGUUUGUCAGUCUCUCAUUUUGGGAGAAAGGAUCGGUGAGCUGGAAGGGCACAGCAUCAAUACCUGGACCACAACACCUCCUCAGCACUUCUGCUCCAUGGUCGUGAAAAUCAUAGCGAUGCAGAUCUUGGCUCUAGGGAUGUUCAGCGACGUAACAGGGGUGACAUACUCCCUUGAGCAGAUAUGUGGUGGGUCCUCUCUGUUCCCGACUUCAGACAAGACCGAGAAUAUGAUCAUGAACCUUCUGCUGCCUCUGUGUCUGCGAGUCGGGUGCGGGCGGAAAGAUGCUCCUCGAAUGCGACAGGCAGAUAUCAGCUUCACCCUGACAGUUAUUCUGCAUGCCAUGAACCCUCCUCUGGCCAAAAUCGCGCCCCUUCAUGGGCCACAGGCCAGGACAGUGCCAGCCUCUGAUCCCAGGUCUCAGUCGUGGUCUCAGCAGCAGAUUGAUCCGAAAACUCUGCCGAAAGUGAAACCCACGAUACUCAAGAUUGCUUUUCUAGGUUUAAAAGUGAUGAUGGUAUGCUUCGAGAAGCACCUCUCACAGGACUGGCACCGCGUUCUCCACUGCCUCCGAGAUAUGGACGCCCGAGGAGAGGGAGGUAUCGCCUUGUGGGACUUCUUGGAUUUCGUGGUAUCCUACAGGACUCCUCUUUUCAUCCUUAUGCGACCUUUCAUCCUGACUAAACUAUACCAAGAGACUUCAGAUGAAGGAAGCGAACAGUACCAGCUGAUUAUCAGAGAUCGUGUCCACGGCUGGUCUCUGCCACCUGCCAAAUGCCGAGGGUCUCUGCUGCUAGAUCUCGCCCACCAGGUCAAGCAACUGAAGGAGGAAGUGGUCUCGGCUAAAAAGUCAGGGGAAAUGGACGUCAGACCGUCAGCCUUGGAAAUCCAGAGCGAAGUGUCUCAGGUCAGCAGGCGCCCAAGACUGUCCUAUGCGGGCCCUCCUUCGGAAUGUCCCCCUCGACACAUGACGUCUCCGCCCUUGAGAUCGAAAGGUUCGGUCUCCGGAUUCACUCUAGGAGGGCCUAAGGGUCUCCGAAGGGGGUUCUCCUUGCAUUCCCAUACCAGUCCUGCUCCCCGUCUUCCUCCCAAAGACUCCUCUGAACAACUUCCUCAACUCCCUGCCGCUGCCCAACCUCGAAGAACCUCAUACGCCGGGGAAUGCCAACCCUUCCCAGACUCCUUGCGGACCUCCCCGCACGACUCCUCCUCUGAGCCCCGUCUCUACCGCAAGACACUAUUUCUGAGGAAAAGAGGAUCUAAACCUAACCUACAGGCAAGCAGUGUUCCUGUUUUACAAGGUGGCGAGGACAGCAGCAUAUCGACACCUACCAGCCCAGGGGAGGGAGGAACAGGGAACGGCAAUGGGACUCCCGAGGGCGGGUUGAACAGCAGUCAGGAGAGCGUGCGAGGGCGUCACCGCCUUCAGCGCCAGAUGGCCCAGUCCAGGAAGACCUUCAGGUUCCGCAAGAGCAAACAUGGACACGUUGAGACCCAGGAACGAACACCUCAGGUGGCCCACAUUGAGGUUGAGCCAGCUCGACUGCCACCGAUGACCGGAGGUCAGAUGGUCGGGGGCGAGGACCCUGCCCUGAGGGAGCUCUCGGUACCUCUGAUCCCUGACGACGAGUUCUCGACUCAGAGCCACCCAUCGACCACGAAGAGGGACAGACCCAGACGUCUGUUACCACCUGGCUUUCCACGCCGCCCGCCAUUCAUCUUUAAAUCGGGCAUAAUUCAACCGGAACCCGAAAGCGCCAGCGAAAUCAGCUACAUGGAGACCUCUACCAUGUCUGGUUACAGAGAAAGCUUCGGUGGGUUCGACAUGAGUCUGCAAGAGUUGGAGCGACUGGAGAUGCAGGUGCGCACUGGGAAGUACAAAGAACCCUUAACAGGUCCUCACGGUCCUACUAGGAAGACUGGAAUGGCAGAAACUCGCUUCCAUGAACCACCACCUAUUUUGGGCCAGGCUGAGGUUCUUCAGGAUUCUGGUUUAGACAUUCUACCAGCUGUGGUGCCUCCUCCAGCUCCUUGGGGACCUCCUCAGCAUGAAGAUGGACAGACAACUCCGAAAACCCUAUCUGGAACUCCUCACAAAUGCUUACAACAUUCUCCACAUCAUUCUUUCCCUGUUUCUUCUCACCACCAACCUCAGCCUCAUCAUUCUCACCAUUCUUGUCCCUCUCACGGGUCUCACUCUCCCCAUUCUCAUCACGAACACCAUCAUGCUCAUCAGCCUAUACUGUCUAGUCCACAGGCCCCUUGCUCCAUUCACCAGGCCACGCACCACAUUCACACAUCACAGGCCAAGCACGCCAUUCCAGUGGAGCAUGUGCUCGAGCAUGCACACUCGGUGCACCCACCAGUUAUUCAUCAUUCACAAGAAAGCCAUUCGGUUCACGCAUCUUCAGGCUAUACAGUGCGACAGACACAAGCGAUUCAUUCGUCUCCUUCAGGACACACCACACACGCUGCUCAUUCCACGACCUCUUCCCACCCAGUCAAGUCAUCCCUCUCGGUGCACUUUGCCCCGCCAAGCCAUUCAGAACACUGCUAUCAUUCCCAUUCUCCCAGAUCGACGCCAGAACAUGGGCACGGACACAAGCCUCGAGCUGAGGACUCCAGACCAAGCAGUCAUUCCCAUCACGUCAGUUAUGCCAUGGCGCAUUCACACGUCCACCCACAAACGUCGCACACAGCUCACUCGGUUCAUUUCCAUACAACCCACGCCCACACUGGUCAUGAAAUGGCGUCUCACUCCCACACAGCUCACGAAGCGGUGACUCAUUCUCACGCCUCUCACGAAACGUCUCAUUCUCACGCAGCGCACCACCACAAACACUCGAUACAAGUGAGUCAGACAUCUCAUUCCUCCUCUGGCCAUUCCCAACCCACCGUUUGGCGCCAUUCCUGGACGGAAGGGGAGGCAAAGGAGCAGCGCGUCUGGACGGGGCACGAGAGAUUUGACCCGCGUCCUCGGGACAAGGAGAGACCGAGUCCGUCGGCACGUGGCCGAGAGGAAAUGGGGUUGCUGGGACACGACCACGAAGAACACGAACGCGAAAGAGGUUACGAAAAGGCCACUCCGACGAGGCGUGGGUGGGAGGAUCCUAAGGAGAGGAGAGCUGACGACAGCAACAACACGGGCGAAUACACUUCCCUUCUGAGGAGGCUUGACCGCAGAAGUCCCUCGGAGCAGUCCUUGCUUGUGGCAUUCAGUGAGAGAGACGAAGAUACCUUAAUCUAGGAAGGAAUGCCGAUCAAUACUGGCUGUAAUUAAUAUUAUGACUCCAGAUCCAUGGCUUUUGAAGGUCACUGUCCGUAUAGUUCACUGAGAGGAACGAUGAUACUCGGAUCUAAAGAUAUCUCAGUCUAAAUGACAAUCUAUUUGGGAUAUGAUGAAGUCUGUCAUAUUUUCCCAUAAUUCUUCAUAAUUGGGGAAAAAUAAAGGAAUACAGAAUUAUUAUCUAAUGUUCUUUAGAAAAAAGCUAUUUGUGUUAAAUUACACGUAAGUCCAUUUAUAGGUAUUACAACUAAUUAGAGGAAACUAAAGCAUUUAUCUUUGCAGAGUUAUAUUCAAAGAUGAGCCUUUAAAGAUAAAAUGAUAGGACUCCAAACUAUUUUUAUACUGUUAUUGAAAGAGGAUUAUUAAUCGUUAUCAUAAAGUUGCAUAGUUUAAAAUUCUGAAUCUGUAUGCUUUAAAUUAUUAUUGUUAAGGUAAACAAUAUUCAAACAAAACUGUACACCCACAAGCACUUGAUAACACAAUUGUAUUGGGAUAAAAAUUUAUAGACUACUCAAACAUUUAUUUACAGGUACGAAUAUAUGUAUAUAUAUAUAUAUAUAUAUAUA